AAAAGGUAUAAAAACUACAACAACUUGAGAGCUAACGUCAGAUUAAUAUCAAACAAACAGCAUACUGGAUAACAAAAUCAUGAAAUCUACAAGUUUUGCAGUCACCUUUCUGGCAUCCAUGGCCCUCUCAGCCAUGGCCAAUCCUACAAUUCGUGAUAGCGAAAUGGACAUCAAACCUCAAGCUAGCGACGUGUAUGAAUGUUCGGAUGUCAUGUGCAUGAUGCACUGCGAAGAGGGAUUCAAACAGGACGAGUUUGGAUGCGACAUCUGUGAGUGUGUAGAACCCGAGGAGCACAAGUGCUCGGAGGCUAUGUGCACCAUGUAUUGUGAAGAGGGCUUCCAACAAGAUGAGUUUGGUUGCGACAUCUGCAAAUGUGUGGAACCCGAGGAGCACAAGUGCUCAGAUGUAAUGUGUACUAUGUUCUGUGACGAGGGAUUCCAGCAAGAUAAGAACGGAUGCGAUAUUUGCAAAUGUGUAGAACCAAAGGAGCCUGAGUGCUCGGACAUCAUAGUGCACUGA